GUCUCUCUACCUCUCCUCUCCAUUCCACUCUGCUCGUGCCAGGAAGAGGAUGGUGAUGAUGAUGUGACACUGUGGCCAGCCAAUGAUCAUGCAAGGAGGGAGUGGGAGGGGUGUGUUCAGAGGCUGAGCUAGGAUCUGAUCGAUGCUGCUGAGGAGACCGCGGAGGAAGAAGGAAAAGAGAGGGAGGUAGAGGAGGGUGGGGGAGGCCUUGUCCGAGCUGAGGAGCGCCAACACUGGCUUAAUAGAAGAGGAGAAGAGGAGGAGGAAGAGGAGGAGGGAGGGAGAAAGCUGUCGCCUGUUAGACGGGGAUCAACCUGUGCUGUCAUGGAUAAAUAUCGACCAAAGAGACCAACCACCCUGGCUCUGUUCCCACAGCUGCCACAAGCCGGCACCCAGGACUCCAUCAACAACAACUCUUUGGGCAAAAAGGACAGCUGGAAGAACUCCCGCUCCUCCUCCCCACAUAUUACAGGGGAUCUAACACCCCCGGAUAUCCAACCAAAAGCGGAGGACAAAGUUCGGAACAGCACGCGCCGCCCAGCCCCAAAACCCCCCACAGCCAAUGGAGCGAACAGCAGAGCCAACACUAAGGCUGCUGCCCCCACCGUAGACACACGCGCUCGACUGCGCGAGAGACAGGCAUCAGUGGCCACACACAUGCAGUCCUCCAGCACACAGAGGAGUCAGAGGAGAGGAGGAAGAGGAGCAACAGUGAUGAGAGAGAGGAGCCUGGGGGACAUCAGAGGAAAGGAUGGAGUGACAGCAGGGAAGGAAGAAAGAAGAGGAGGAAGACUGUGUGAGGAGUCCAAGGGGAAGGAGAAAGAGAGAAAUGGCCAUCAGAGGCCAAAUGGACUGAAAAGCCGGGGGGCUGAUGGGAAAGGAAAAGUAGGUGCUAAAGGGGUCAACAGAGGAGGAGUCAAGCCAAAUGACAUACUGUCUAACCAGGAAGUUUAUCUGACAGCCAUGGUGGUCCCACGCACGCCUGUAGCACCAAGAAACCAGGACAAGACCCAAGACCAAGGCCAAAACCAUGACAGGACCCAAGACAACCCGCCUGUCCUCUCCAGGUCCAGCAGUGAGGGGGGUUCAAACAGAAUGUCCCUCAGCUCAGACACAGAGGGCCCCCCACCAGGGCCCCUGCAUCCCUCUCUAUCCCACCGAACCAACCCUGUCAUCAGUGAAGAAGAGGGAGAGGGAGAUCCAACUCCCUGCGUGAACGUCCAGAAUGGUCCAACCCAAUGUAAUGAAAAAUCAGAGAUGGACUUUACCAAGUCGGAGGUGGACUCACGGGGAAGAAAAGGUGACAAUAACAUUGAGGUGGAAGGCAUCAACUCUGUCACUCAGACUGUACCAAAGAGUGAAUCUGCAGCAGGGUUAGAUUAUGACUCUGUUAAAUACACUCUGGUCGUCGAUGAGCACGCUAAAUUGCAGCUGGUCAGCCUCAAGGACUGCUUGCACAGUUAUAAUGAGCACAAUGAAGACAGUGAUACAGAGACGGUCUAUCAAUCAGCCAAUGAGGAGGAAGACCCAGAGUAUGAGGAUGAGAGAAAGAGGAGAGAGGAAGCAACGAAGCAAGAGAGGAGGAAAGAGGAGGAAAAGAGAAGAAAGGAGGAGGAUGACACGAAGAAAAGGAGGGAAGAGGAUGUGAAGAGAAGGAGGGAGGAUGAGGUGAAGAGGAGGAGGGAAGUUGUGGCACGGACCUGCAAGCAGUCCAAGGUAACGUCAACCACAACUUCAGAGGAAGAGGAGUGUAACGGAGGAAGGGCCGGCGCUUCCAGAAGUAAGAAGUUCCUCAACCUGUUUUCCAACAACAACAGUCAUUACAGCGCCACUGGUGCUGGGUCAUUUGGCGUCUUCUCCUGUGUUUUGGAUGGAGUGGAGAGACAGCAGAGCCACAGAGCUGCUUACAGGUUUGUCCCUCGUCAUGCAGAUGAGUUGUACCUAGAGACAGAUGAUCCAGUGUUGAUGCUGAACCAGUCUGAGGACCUGUGGUGUCAGGGUUACAACAUGAGGACUGGAGCUACCGGCAUCUUCCCUGCCUUCUAUGCUGUCAGGCUGGCCACAGAUAUUAACCAAGUCGCCAAAGAUGGCUGGAUAGAGAAGUUCCUGGUGCGAUUCCUGGGUUCAGUUCAGGUCCCCAUUCACAAAGGCAACGACAUGCUUUGUGCUGCCAUGCAGAAGGUGGCGUGUAGCAGGCGGUUAGCAGGGCAGCCUCCUUCAGCCUGUGUGCUGGAGGUCAGUGUGACGGGUGUGAAGAUCAGUGUCCAAGACCAGUGUCACUCUGCUCAUAGGGGAGACCAGUGUUUCAAUUUCUUCCAGUUGAAGAACAUCUCAUUCUGUGGCUGUCAUCCAAAACACAGCAAGUAUUUUGGUCUAAUCACCAAACACCCUGACCAACAGCGCUUUGCCUGUCAUGUGAUGGUGUCAGAGACAACAUUACAUCCUCUGGCCGAGUCUGUAGGGAGGGCAUUCCAGCAGUAUUACAGGGAGCACAUUGGCUACUCCUGUCCCACUGAAGACAUCUUCAUUGAAUAACACCUCUCCUCCAUCCACACUAAGUACUGAAUACUUACUAUGUGCAUGUAAGCCUGGUCUUACACAGCAAACUGGACCACUGAUUUAUCUUCAUCAGAGUACUUGCAUGGUGGAUUUCUUUUCAUACCUGCAUCCUGUGAUACAACAAGCUUUUCCGUUCUUUAGCCGUGUCACAAUAUAAAUACCUCUAUGGAUUGAUAGGAUCACAUGAGAUGUUCCAUACUCUGAGAACAAAUGUAUCCAAAAACCUACCCAAAUUCGAAUACAAAUAUCUCAAAUUGAUAUAUUUUAUGGGUUAAAAUGACUUAUGUGUAACUACAGGUAGAUAUUGGAUGUAAAACUAUACAGAGAGCCUUCAGGACUUUGGAGUUAAUUUAAUGACAGAAUGUUUAUAUCAAUUUGUGAACUUGCUAAAUUGAAUAAUCAUUUAUAAGUGACGGUUUUGGUCAUUUUGAUUAACCCUUUGAGUCAUGUAUCAGUUAUCAGUCAUGUUAGCAGCGCUGUGCGGCUGUAUUUAUACACAGCAGCUCCUAUAAAUGCUCAUUUCUGCAUGCUAACAUGUGCACAAUGACAAUGUUUAGCAGGUAAUGUUUACCAUGUCAGCAUCUAACAUUUGUAAAUGAGCACCAAACACAAAGUACAGCUAAGGCUGAUGGGGAUGUCAUUAGUUCUGCAGGUAUUUGGCCAUAAACCAAACUUUAAUGAAAGCCACAGGAAUGAGGGGAUCACCAAAGCUGCUGCAGUUUAUCUUGUGGGGAACCUGAAUGUCUGUUUUCACGACAGUCUAUCCAAUAUUUGUCAAGAUAUUUUAGUCUGGAAAAAAAAUGUUGGAACUGACAUUUGAUGGUUGCAGCUUCUAAAGUGAGAGGAUUUUGUGUUUUCCUCUUUCAUGUAAUUGGAAAUUAACAUAAAUAUAUGUUUGCAUUUUUGGACUGUUAGUCGGACAAGAAUCUUUUUUUGAAGACAUCAUCUCGGGCUCUCGGAAUUUAUUAUUAGCCUUUGUCAUUAUUUUAGGCUUUUCAUAAACUAACUGAUUAUUAAGUAAAAUGAAAAACCCAAAUCAAUUCAAAAAAGGUUACAACAAUACUUACUUAAUGUGUUCUUACAUUUUAUGGCACAGCAUGAUGAAUGAAAAGUAUCUGUAUCUGUAGUUUGAGUUGUAGUUUGUAUAUAUACGACAAACAUCAUCAUAGCCUAUUUUUACUUCUAGCGACUGGUUUGUACUCAUAUUAAUGGUCACAUGUGGUUAAACGUUAAGACUAAAUGCACUCUAAAUCUUUCAUUCUUUCAUUCCAGUUUGAAAACUUCUACAUUUCUAUGUUAAAUGUUAAACAAGUUUGUUGGCUAAAAUGAAAUUCUAUGUUGAGUACUUGGGUACAAAAGUAGCUGAGUGUUGGAGUCAACAACCUAGAAUUCCAGUUACAGAUAUUUUCAUAUGAAUUCAUGUGAGCUUGAGUUUGAACUUCAGUGUCAAUUUAUGUCAAACCAGUUUCAGGUGAGACAAGCAUUUCAAUUUAACAGAUGAUGCUGCAUACAUUGGCCUGGAAUCAAACCCAGGUCAACUGCCUGAAGUCAGCUAUGCUAACCACAAACAAUCACUUAAUAUUUGAGAAUCUUAGAAGAAAGCAAGACUGCAUGUUUAUGAAAGAGGGUCUUCUGUCGUUAAAUUAGCUUCAUUCUGACUCUAGAGUAAAGAAGUGCUUCUUAUUAGCAACACUUCUCCCCAACAGUUUAAAAGGCAGUGCUUUGGAGGAACAUACAAUAGACACAGGGACCUGCUUGUUUCUUUGCACAGAUGAGGACAGACUGAUGUUUCUAAAAAAUAUAUAAGUAUAAUUCUGUAUUUUAUAACCACCCCCCCCCCCCCGACUUGACAAUCUACUGCAGAAAACCUUAGGAGAUGCUGUUUAGGUGCCUCAUUUCUCUCUUUGCUGCUUGAUGUUCCUUUUCUUCCAAAUGUGGUUCCAACCACAAACCCUCUUUGCAGGGUUUCUCUGGUUGACCGAUGACAUAUUUUUCCUUUAACUCUGUGUAAUAACAAGGCCCCAAAUGACGCUGUGCAAUUUAGUAUGUGUGCAAAGAACAGACUGGUGGGACGGUGGAUCACUGUGCAGUCAUGUCCAUGUCUUUCCACAUUACUUUCAGCUCAGACUUCUUUUGCAUUGCUUGCUCAAAUCUAUUUAAAAGGAAAUACUAAACUUGGCUUUUGAACAUUUACCUUACUGACUCACAAUCUGACUUAGUUAUCUAAAACAGGAGGAUUCAUUUCCAAGCUGUGCCUCCUUGUUUUUGCAGCCAAUAGAAUAGUAGCUCUAGGCUUAAAGCUGCACCAAUCAACAUUUGUUUUUACAGCAUUGGAUCAAAUGACAAUGUGCAAUGUAAAAGGGUCAUUAAAAGUGAUGAACCCACUGACAAUUAUUAUAACAAUGUAGUUACUCUCAGCUCUAUGAGGAUUUUUAGCCUCUUUGUUUUGCUUUUCUAGCAGGCAAACUAUGCUCCCAUCAACUUUGUUUCUAGAAGCAGCAGGUAGCUAUUUUCAGCUAGAAGGCUUUGAUAACUCGCUGUACACUACUGGCCGAGUACCGAACAACAGGCAGACAAAGUUGAUAACUAGCAGGUGAACAUAGGACAGCAUUCAGCAGCUAAACAGCUUCUCAAGAGUUGGUGGAGUCCAAAAUAGAAAAAAGUGAAUAUUGGAUUUACAUUUAUCAGGCCAUCUGAACAUGACUCAAAAUAAUGUUAACAUUUGCUUGCCAUGACAGCUUUUAUAGCAAAGUUGUGUUUUCAGCUUGUCCUGCUGCCCCCUAGUGACCUAAAAAUAAAUGAAUGCAGCUUUAAGAUCCAGGAUGUGAACAUUUGGACCAGUCAAUCCGAUACACAUACAUCCAUUGAACUAUAUGGUAGAUACAGAUUUGAGCACUUAAAGUCAAUGGAAAUGUAGCCUGAAAUGUUUUAUGUUUGAAAAACAGUGCCUAUUUUGUUCUGGUGUAGUGAUAAUGACUGUCCUCUGUAUUAACUGUUGACUUCAGAUAUCUCCAAUCACAGAAUCUAAAUGUAUACAACAAACAGUCUCAUUGAGAUGAGUGUAGUCUUGUAGCUGGAUGUGACUUGGUACACCUAAGAUGGCUGCCAUGGAACAUUAAAUAAUGUUACUGGGACUCAAGAGAGCUGAUAUUAGACAAACAAGGGUUGAACUGUACAUGGAGCUCUUGUUGUCCUUCAGUCAUCUGUCACUGUGGUUCAAUGCUGUCUGAUUGAUUACAUAUUUUCUGUAGAACUGGCCAGUUCAAGGAAGGCAGCUUAUGUCUGAAUAUAUUGGUAUUGGUUUAAAAAAAAAAAAAAACCUGUGUCAUUGCUUGCCUUUCUGACAGCCAUUGUCCUAAUUACAACUUAUUUCAGAACUGCAUGAAAAUAUUUCAAUUAUGCAGCAAUAAAUGUACGUUGUCAAAAUACAAGUAGACGAGAAGUUCACUAUGAUUGAUAACAAACAUUUUCAAGUCCCAGUUGUUUGAUUUUCAUACAGGAGCAAACUAAAGUGAAUGAAAAUCAAUGGCAACCUGGAAGAAAGGAAACAUCCAUUUCAAAGUCCUCAUGUAGUAUACGAACCACGACAUAUUCAUUUCCAUGCCAGCCAUCCAAGGUGCACCGUAGGAAGUUGUUCUGAUCCACCAGAAAGUGUCCUUUCUAUGUAUUCCACUGUUGUGAUUCUAUCACCAUGGCGAUCUACUGUACAUGACUCAUCAAUAUAGAUAUAUCCUGUAUAGAUAUGUAUGUAUGUAUGUUUGUAUAGGAGUUAUCAUUGUAUGCUGUUGGUUUGACCAAAACCUGGGUGUAACACCGCAUGAUAUCGAUGUUGUAAAAUGAAGAGACACAGAAGAUGCACAGAUGACUGGUAAUAAUGAUGGUGGUUAUUCUUGUCAAUAAAUCACAUUAACAACUGCA